AUGGCUCACUCGCACGGCUCGACAGACCCCAACAUGGCGGUGGCCAUGGUCUUCCAGAACAUACCCGCAACACCGCUGUAUACACUGAGCUGGACGCCGCGGAGCAGCCGCGCCUACGCCGGGACAUGCGUCUUCCUCAUCUUCCUCGGGGCCGCAGCCAGGACGCUGCUCACGGCCAAAUCGAUCAUGGACCGACGCGCCCUCGCAGCCGCCAGAGCACGACGAUAUGUCGUUGUAGCGGACAGGCGGACAUCGUCAACAUCACCAUCAUCUGAAUCACAGACGCUGCCGGCAGAGCCUGAGUCGGAACGCAGCAGCGAGGACGCAUUCGAGAAGAAGACGGGGACGCUGAUAAGCGCCCACGGCGUCGAGGAGAACGUCCGGGUGGUCAACGCGACGGCUGGGCCACCUGUCAUGCCCUGGCGGUUCAGCGUCGACCUGCCGCGGGCGUUAAUGGUGACUCUCACCGCGUGUGUCGGCUAUCUCCUCAUGCUGGCCGUGAUGACCAUGAACGUCGGCUACUUCAUGUGCGUGCUCGUGGGCAUCUUCGUCGGCGACCUCGCAGUAGGACGUUUCGCCCACAGUUUCGAGGAGCACUAA